GUUUUUGGUUAUGCGCUCGCCGUCCAUCGCUUGGCUAGGCUCGGUGCUGCUCUUCUCGGUUGAUAAGUAUAUGAUUUUGUGAAAGACCAGGCUGAUUUUGACUUUUUAUUUUCCAUAUUACUUUUCUUCAUCGUCUUCGUCUUGCUCUUGUCUUCUUUGCUCCUGUUUCUCCUAGUAGACGAGACAAGUACAGCGCUCUACGUCGUGCCGCGCAGCUGCCCUGCAUGACGAGGAAAUUAUACUUCUUCGGCAGCUAGCGACAAGUUUUUGCCACCGGUCUGAAAAAAUAGACCGACCGUCCUCGGAUCUCUGCUUACGGUUCUAUUUCCGCGCCCCCGGAGGUGGACAUUAGAAGACCAAAAUGCGGUUCGGGCAGCACAUAAAGGUGAGUCGGCACGCGCCCUGGGCCGAGUACUACUGCGAUUACGAAUUGCUGAAGCAAAUUAUCGAGGAAACGGAUGCAGCCACGCAGACCGAUAAAGAGGAAGGAACGACUGCCGGCAGCGGAAAUAAAAGCGGUGGCGGUGCAGCAGGGGGAAGCAGUGUAACGGCAGCGACCGAACUGGGGGGUACAACUGGUACACAGGAUACCAACGGAUUGGUGCAAGUAGAACCUGCUGCAUCUAGUUCCGCUGCACCAGACCAAGUCCAAGAGGAUGCCGGCUCCGAGAAGUCUUUCGGUACCACCGGCUCGGACCACGGGGAGCAGCGCGCGAAGCCUAUAGAUCGCAAAUCUGUCUGCGUCUGGGUCUGGGAGGAUGCAAGGUUUAUUGUCAUGCUUGUCUGGUAUGUUGACUGAAGAGUUUGUGAUGCUGCGUGUCCAAGAAUAGACCCUUUUCUUUGCUUGUCAACAUGCAAAAGCACAGUUUGUCAUGCGGAAGGCGCAACACUAAGUAGCGCAGAUAUUUCUCGUGCUUGGCUGUGCAUUACAGUGACCUUUCACUAUUCUUGACCCAGCAUUACAAGUUUCCAGACCCAGACAUAUUUGCACAGCAUAAGAGCCCGGGCCUCGCAACUCGCGGAGCGGAAGAAGGAACAAUUUAUCGCGAUCUGGAAGGGCGAGCUGCAGAAGGUAUAUCCUGAUUAAAAGCGUCCCCACACCACCAGAGUCAGGAUGGGGAUUUUGCAACACAAACCUAGGAGUUUUGGGAGUCACGCAUGACAAGUUUUAGGAGUCCGUAAGGUCGUGCAAGUUAGCAAGGAAAGCCGCAUCACAAAUCGACCUGCUGAUCCUGUUUACAGCAUUACAAGUUCUCAAACACGAUUGGAAAUGCCUGUCAUGGGGUUGCGCAUCAGUAGAAAUGUUCCUGUCAUGGCAAAUCUGCAUGACAACUCAACGCACUGUGUAUGCAAAGAAAAAACUGUUUCACUGUAAGUAAUGAUUUUGCAAGAUCUGCAUCACAAGUUAAAAUCUGCAUCAUUUUGUGAAAGAAAGUACGUGAAAGAAAGUACUACGUAAAUCGUCGUUAAAGAAAGAAAGUACUACGUGAAGAAGUUACGACGUAAGACAUAAAAUUGUAGACAAGCAUCAUGUAAAAAGUAGAAGCAGAUACUUCAACAGCCGCGCAGCUAGCGGGGGGGUGACUCCUGUGGUCCCCCCCCACCGGCUGUGCUUUUUCCAAAACAUCCAGGAAAACCGUGUCGCGGUUCUUUUUUUUUCCAGCAAGUGGCUGGUGGGGGCGUAAUAUAGGAUAAGGAAGUAUGUAGGUCGUGAAUGUAGAAAAGACUAAGAAGAGCCGUGCUGGUAAGGUAGGAAACCGGAACUACUUCGAUACAUAAAUGGGGUCGUAGUUGGGUAUAGUAUUUUUUGGCUGAGAUAAAAAGAAAACAUCAUGAACAACGAACGCGGAAUCGGAGACAACGCGGCAAAGCGGGGGCAGGGGCGCGGCCUGCCAGCGAGGACACGGCAAGGGAAUCGGGACAAAUGGCCAGGGGCUCAAGACAAGUGCCAAUGAGGGGAGCCGCGCGCACCGUUCGAGCUACAGGAGGACGAGGAGGACUAGGCCAACGUGUGGAGCGGAGGGGGAGAGCGGGGAGGACUAGGCCAACGUGUGGAGGACCAGGGAUACGCGUGUGGAGCGGAGGGAGAGAACGGCUGCGAAGCGAGAACAAGUUGCUGGGGCAGGCGACAAGUUUAAAUUUGGUACAAAAAAAAACAGCACUCAGAUACCCGCGCCAUCUGCUUAACUGUGUGAAAUAUUGUGUCGGCCCGGUCCUGCUUGGUCGCAGGCCGGUGUUCGUGAGAUCAGAUUUCACAUGUUAAGUAACGCACACCGGCUCCUAGCUUAAAAAAGUGAUGAAUUUACAUGAAGAUGGGGCCUAAUCAAAAAAAAAAAAAAAAUCUGCAUGACAACUCUGGGGUUUGCGAGAAUCAGAGUAAGGAACUGUUGGCAAAAAAAGUGAGGCGUUGUUCAGUAGGCAAGUUGGCACAGUAUGGAUGGUUGCGAAGUAUGGCUGGUGGCGAUAACAGAGUUGGAAUAUAGUGGCCGGGAGAUGAUGGCGAUGGCACUUUGGUGUCCGCCUGACCCACCCGCCCUGCGUCUCAAGCCAUCUGCGGCCAUGGCACAAUGGGGGGGCAAAGUGUGUCGCAUUUUGUUUAGCAUGACAACUCUGGGGUGGGGACGUUUUUACAUAGGAUAAGGUCAGUAAGUGGUUUAUGGAGAAGUGGUACGAGCUGGUGACCUGGAUCUACAGCAGGAUAAACCGGGCGGAGUCGUUGGAGUUUGUCGUGGAAAGGCUGUUAUGCAUUGCACAAGUAUCGCACUCGUACUGAUUGCAUUUAUGCAUUACAAAUCUCCAUCCCAAGGGAAAACAGCAUGAUAAAUUCCAUUUGUCAUGCUCAGGCAAUUUGUAAUGCAAUUACUACUAUGACGAUACUUUUGCAAUGCAUAGCUGUCCUCGGAAAACUUGGACGAAAUCCGGAAGAACGACGCGUUGCUGGUAAUUCUGCAUUCCUUCGCGGAAGACAACUUCGCGGCCUUGCGGAAAUCCGUGAAAAAAUUUGACAAAACCAUGGGGCCGGAAUUGUAUAUGUUUUUGUCUUUUUUGUCUUUUUCAUCCUGACCCUUUUUGUAUUUUUUGCGCGUGUAGUGGUCACCAUAUGAUCAAUGAUAGAUGGCGUUCUUGACGGUGCAAACAGCUGCUGAUUCAUUUUGUAUUGCAUCAAUCCCGUACAAGUACAACGCAAAACAAAAAAGCGCCACCGCCAAGCUUCUCCUUCCCAGUCUCUACUGCUCCUUCUUUGGCGCCACCUGCGAGCAGUUGUGCGUCCUCGCGAAGAAGGUGCUCUUUAUGGAUCUGAACCGGCAGCAGAAUUUACUAAAGCCGAAAUCAUCGAGGCAAAACAUGUCGGGCUUCAAUCUCGCUGGACAACAAGCAGGGACCAGUAAAGGAAGCACAAAUUCCUCCAGCGGGAUCAUGACCCAGCUGCAGGUGAAGGACAAUAACCGCAGUACGUCCAGCUUACUGCACCUAGUGCAGCAGAACCGUUCCUUCUAUCGCGGGCCGCACACCUCCACGUCGCAGUUACGGUUGUCGAGGAAAAACGGGUCGUCGAGUUCGAGGCUUUCGGCGUACAGCAGAACGAAAGUCUUCCGGGAACAGAGACCGAGCCCGCUAGCGAAUCCGUCGGACAAUCUAUUGAAAGGAAAAACUCCCCCUUCCCAUACUAAAAAGGGAUACUCCUGAAUAAAAUUUGUGAUGUUGCUGAUUUGUGGCCACAAAUCUUCUCUGUAUUGCACGAAGGCAACGCCAGAGACUCCGCUGCGCUGUCGUGCAGGCAGUUUGUAAUGCUGUAUCGCCUGCAGAGGAUAUGCCAGUCUUGCUACGCGCCUACACCAAAACGCUCCUAUAAUUCAGGCUGUGCAUCUGCCUGCAGUCCUCUACUGCAAGACAGAGCCGAUUUGUGUAUACAAAUCCCGCAUCACAGAUUUUCAUUUUGAUAUGGGGAGGGGAGAUUUUUCAUUUUGAUACAAUCUGAAGUCGGAAAUCUCCUGGCUCUACGACACGGUGGCGUCUCUGGAUAACCGUAAGGGACUACAUUCAUACUGACUUUUGAAAAAAAAACAUGAUUUUCGUCUUCUGGAUCUGGAUCUAGCAUGAUAGUCAGUGGAGAAACACCAGGAGAACCAGAACGACCCGCCUCGUGUGAUGUGGUCGUGCUAGUACAACUGCAAAAAUAUUACAAAAUUCCAAACCACUUUUAUCUAUAUCAGGUCUUGCCAAUGCCAUCGUCUCUCACCGUGGGUUUCAUGGCAAUGACGACGCCCGACCGGUGGAGAAUUCCCUCCCGGCCUACGAGCUCGCUUGGUCGGCCGGUUUACCCUAUUGCGAGUGCGACGUAAUUAUGCACUGCAAAAGUAUUAUACUCGUACUAAUCGCGUUCAUGCAUUACAAAUUUCUUUCUUAAGUCCAAUCCGCAUUAGCAUUACAAGUUUCACUUAUCACGUUGAGGAGAUUUGUCAUGCGGUUUAUAGUACUAGUACGAUGCUUUUGCAUGAUUUCAUAGUAAUCUGCACCCGGGACGGAAAAAUCAUUCUCACCCACGACAGCACUUUGAAAAGGGUGGCUCUCCUCGACUCCCCCCUCGCCGGCCCGGUGGACAUUGUGAACGCGGAUGGGACGACCACGGCUGGGCAAAACACAAAAGCGAAAAGUAAGCUGUAUCAAGACGUCGGGGAACUCGAUUUCCGGCAAAUUGUGAAAACGCCGUUGCUAUGCACUGCAAAUAUGUCUGGGUCUGGGAGAUUGCGAGAUUUGUCAUGCUUGUCUCACAUGACUCUUGAAUCUGUAAUGCAUGAGCAGGAAGGCAGCCUCUUACCUGUCAUGCAAAAAGGCAGUUUGUCAUGCGGGAGGCGAAACACAUAGGACCUCAGAAACUUGUCAUGCGUGGCUGCAUAACGCAGUGCGCCCACCAUUCACACACUGGCAUCACAAGUUUCCAGACCCAGACAUUUUUACAGUUGAUAGUUACGCUCGGGCGUCAGACCACCGUUGCUCACCGAAGUUCUCCACUCUGCCGCGGCGAUUUAUCCUGUGCAAAAGUAUCGUAUUCGUAUAAAUGCAUUACAAAUUCCCUCAGCAUGAGAAAUAAAAUUUGUAAUGGGGAUUUACCUUAAGAAAAGGAUUUGUAAUGCAAGACUUGCAUUUAUACGAGUGCGAUACUUUUGCACGGGAUACGAUUUCUGACAAUGCGAAACUGAUCAUCGAGCUGAAGUACGGCAACGUGACCACGAAUCCGAACCCGCGCGGCAGCCCACCCAGACCGAGAAGCGGCAACUUGAAUAAGAAGGAAAUAAAUGGUGGAAAUAAUGACAGCAGUACUAGUAGGUCGACCUCGAAAACUACAGGCAACAUCAAUAAUAAGCUCGGAAAGAAGCUGUACUACACGCUAGAGCCCAUGGGGCUUGCCGCGCAGCCAGUGAGUGGUCACAAUUUACUGCAGCAGCCCAGCUCUUCUAGCUCUUGCUGUAGCACGCCAGACCACAAGUCAAGUUCCACGCCCUCCAGUAAUAUCAUCUCGGAAACCCGGUCGAGCAGCAAAAAGUCUUCCUCCCGAAGUCCGACUUUUUCUCCCACAAAUUUGGCGGGGAUAGGGGAAGACAAAGAAGUUACCUCGCCGCCCCCAUAUGGGAAUAAAACAAGUGCAAGUCGCGGUGACCAACCGAGCGAAUUCAUGCUAGAAGACGAAAAUGGCACGAUGACGCUUGGAACAUCUUCAAAAAACCUGGAUCCUGAUCCAUUUGGCGCUCCUUUAUCAAAUGCACUAUCGAAGCAAAUCACGAUCACAUCCCCCGACCUCGAUCCGAAGGACGGGAGUUUCCGACUCGAGGAAAACGAAAUUACCGCUUCGACCGCUAUGAAAUGCAAAUAUGCUUGGGUCUGGGAGAUUGCGAGAUUUGUCAUGUUAGUCUGGCAUGACUCCGAACUCUGUAUCGCGUGGCCGCGAAGAGCUCCUCUUGCCUGGCAUGCAACAACGCAGUAUCUCAUGCGGAGUACGCAACUCAGAACCACGCCAAAACUUGUCAUGCUGGGCAGCGCAUUGCAGUGUUUUCACUACUUCCUUCCUUGCAUCACGAGUUUCCAGACCCAGACAUGUUUGCAAUGCAUAAUCGCCACGGGCCUGCACAUGCCAGACGACCACUCGACCUCAGUGACCGUCUCGAUCUCGGGACAAGACGCCGAGGGCAGUAGCGUCAACGUAAACCUGAACGAUGACGACGGCUGCAGCAGCUCCAUCUUUGCGGCCUUUGCGACGCGCGCUGCCGAGCAACAACAAAAUAAUACGUCAAAUCUGUCUUCGCCCGGGAUGGUGACCGUGUACCGUUUGAUAGAGCUCUUCAAAUAUCCUGUGCAAAAGUAUCGUACUCGUAUUGCAAUCAUGCAUUAAAGGUUAUUGAGCAUUACAAAUUUCAUUUCUCAAGCUGGGGAAAUUUGUAAUGAAUUAAUACGAGCAGGAGCGAGUGCAAUACUUUUGCAAUUCAUAUCAAACAGGACUUGUCGCUGGUGAAGUCUGUCGGCGUGAUUAUGAGCUUUGACCUGUACGUCAUGGGCGAACUGGCGAAGCUGUGGGCCGCAGAGGUUUGACUUCUGGUUUAUGAUGACACUCCUGGUAGAUUGUUUUUCGCAUUUGCAUACGCUGCACUUUCGUGUAGUAGAAAAUGAAUUUAUUCGGUACGAAAACGUACCUACUAUCUGAAUCAAAAAAGUAAAUGCUCCACACAAGAACAGCCGUUCUUAGAACGGCUGUAGUGCAUAUAAAACUUCCACUUCAUCUCCUCUCAGAUCCAGCCCCUCCUCGACGAGCUCAACGGUGGGUCUCCCGACGUCUCUAUGCAGGCUCCCGAAAACAAUAAUACGAACACCAGCAUCAGCCGAACGAGCGAGCUGAGCCUCUCCCCGAAGCGAAAAGUUGUUCCGAAUGAACGAUCGACGGAACAGUUCGCGCCAGAUAGCAGGUUGCGGGAUUUCCUAGUCGAGACGUCGUAUGCAUUGCAAAAAAUGACUGGGUCUGGAAGAUUCUGAGACUUGUCAUGCACGGUUUGUGUGAGACAUGAUGUCUGUGAUGCAUGCCAUAGCAUCACAGGUUUUUUGAGGGAUUCUUGAUGCCUAUUCCGCAUGACAAAUGCCCUCCCCGCGUAGCAAAAAUCAGAAUCCUUUUGCUGCUUAUGCAACACAAAUUUUUUAGACAUCCAAAUGCAGCAUCACAAGUUACAUCCUUCCAGACCCAGACACUUUUGCAUUCGAUACGUCGAAUCCAGAUCCAACUCCCGGAAAGCUCCCGUUAGGGCUCCCUUUAGGGGUAUCCGAGAGCAGCGCGAUUAGUACCGGGCACUUAUCCCCCGCGAAUAAUAUGCCGCUGAGCCCGAGUCCGGCCGUGCAAGCGGCCGCAGCGGUGAAUUUGAAUUUCGAAAAAACCAACACAACUUUGAUCACGGAGGUAUCCUGUGCAAAAGAAGUAUCGUACUCGUAUUGCAAUCAUGCAUUACAAAUCUUGUUCUUAAGCUAAAUCCGCAUUACAAAUUUUAUUUCUCAUGCUGCGGAAAUUUGAUGUGAUGCAUUUAUACGAGUACGAUACUUUUGCAAUGCAUAGCACGAAGACACGAACAAUUUAAACCCGAACCAGAUCCAGCGGCCAGAUUUUCUGCUGUUGACCAACUCCCAUUUGGAAUUGGAAAAGCCGCAAAUUUCCCCGGAUCUCUAUGGCGAAAUUCUGUACUUGAACGCGAAAAAUUUCAGCUACCGGAAACACGUGAAACCGCUUUUGCGGGUUACCCCCAACAUCUCCCUGGACGGAAUUUACAUCCAGAAAACGCCAACUCUGUCCACCGAGUAUGCCACACAGGUCCGGGAGAUCGCAAAUCAUUGCAUUCUCGGGGUGUGGUUGGCGCACGACGAUGUAGAUACGUACCACGAAACGAAGAAGCUGGUGGAACUAGGCGCGAGCUACGUGAAUACGGAUUUGCCGCUGGAUUGGAACCGAGGCAGGGAAGACGGCCCGCCGGGGCGGUGGGACUGGAGUCUGAGCGAGCGGUCCGGGGGCUCCAGUAGUCGGGCGGCGGGCGGUGCUGGAAAUAGCAUGCUGGGUGGCGGAGUGGUGGCGGGACCCGGCAUGUUUGGUGCGGGUAUGAGCUCAUUCACGCUAGGGGGAAAGUCACAGCACCAUGCCAGUGGCGCGUAUACGGAUGGGGAGUUUGCAUAGUAGCUCGACGUUGUCACUCUCACUUGUGGGAGAGCACUGGCAGGAAGGGUAAAACAGAAAAAAAACGGAUGUUUUCUGCCGGGAAAUAAGUUGUACUAGAUGUACAUCCAAAUGAACAACGUUUGUCAUUUUUUUUUGGGACUCCAACACACAACACAUCGAAAGACGUAUUUUAUGAUACAAGAGAAAAACACAUCACUUGUACUACCUGUAUUUGGAUUCUGUCUCGAAAAAGUAGCGACAUCAUUAAUUUUCCUGUUUGGUUUUUUCGGUGUAUAGCUACACUAGAUUGAAAUUUGAACUUUUACUUUUUGAAACAACUCCUGCUUGUCAAUAGAAAUAGUCCAGAAGCUGAGCGGCCAAGCGCUCGUGUCAAUACAAGAACACAACACUCUAACAAUAAGAAUAACACGUAAGAACUUCCGGAUUGAUGAUUUUUUUAAACGAUAACGAACAAUCGCUGUUAUUAGGUAAAUACAACUUUAGAAAAAGUCUGCUAAAGUCAGCAUCAUCGGGACCGAAAUGCAAUAGACUAUCGAAAGAGGACACUUCUUGAAAUAAAUCAACUUUGACGUUACCUACUUCACCUCCCGCUUGUACUUCAUCGUGGUUUGAUUUUGAAUAUCUGCUAGUUUUUAGAGCAGUUCCAAUACAGAUUGCACAGCGACGCUAUUGCCGAGUGAGUGGAUUGCGCUAGCGCUGGCGCACAAAGGAGCGCGUUGAUGCCGGCGUAUUUUUCUACUUAGUUUGUUCUCCGUUCUGGCCCUCUGCCACGGACGGAUAAAGCAAACAUGACCAUGUUGACCUUCAUUCGCCU